AUGCAGCAUAUGAAACUAGAACGAUGAGUUGCACCGACAAUAUUUGUACACGGGUGGACGCAAUUAAUUUGGUCCAUCAAGGGGCUAUUUUUCCGAGAAUCCGUCCCCUCGUAAUUAUAUCAUCAACUGUUUAACACUUUAACUCCAACACCAACCACUGUUUCUUUGUUUAUCUCCUUGCUCCAGCAAGCAAACCAAAAUGCCUCCUCCUCUUCCAUCUCUCUGCAACUUCAACUUGGCGAUACUCUUCCUCUUCCUCACACCCACUUUCCAAAUCCCCCUCAUAGCCCCAAUCUCAAAAGACGACACCACCCAACUCUACACUCUCUCCGUGUUCCUGAAAACCCCACUCCAACCCACAAAACUCCACCUCCACCUUGGCUCCUCCCUCAGCUGGGUCCUCUGCGACUCCACCUACACCUCCUCCUCCUCCCACCACAUCCCCUGCAACACCCCUCUCUGCAACUCCUUCCCCUCCAACGCAUGCUCCAACAACUCCUCCCUCUGCGCCCUCUUCCCCGAAAACCCCGUCACAAGAAACACCCUCCUGGACACCGCCCUCAUCGAUUCCCUCGCUCUUCCCACCUACGACGCUUCCUCCUCUCUCGUCCUCAUCUCCGACUUCAUCUUCUCCUGCGCCACGGCCCAUCUUCUCCAGGGCCUCGCCGCCAAUGCAUUGGGCCUCGCCUCAUUGGGCCGGUCCAACUACUCCCUCCCGGCCCAAAUCAGCACUUCAUUAACCUCACCUCGUUCUUUCACUCUCUGCCUGCCAGCUUCAUCAGCCAACACAGGGGCAGCUAUAUUCGCCUCCACUGCCUCCUCAUUUCUUUUCUCUUCCAAAAUUGACCUUACUUACACACAACUCAUCGUAAACCCCGUUGCCGACACCGUCGUCACCGACAAUCCACAACCGUCUGAUGAGUAUUUCAUAAACUUAACCUCAAUCAAAAUCAACGGUAAGCCUCUUUAUAUCAACUCCUCCAUCCUCACCGUUGAUCAGACCGGCUUCGGUGGGACCAAGAUAAGCACUGCGGAACCCUACACUGUUUUAGAAACUUCUAUUUACAGACUAUUUGUUCAGCGUUUUGUGAACGAGUCCUCUGCUUUUAACUUGACGGUGACGGAAGCAGUUGAGCCGUUUGGCGUGUGCUACCCUGCGGGGGAUCUCACGGAGACACGAGUUGGACCCGCGGUGCCCACCGUUGAUCUGGUGAUGCACAGCGAGGACGUGUUCUGGAGAAUCUUUGGCGGGAAUUCGAUGGUGAGGGUUGCGAAGGGAGGAGUGGAUGUGUGGUGUUUGGGUUUUGUGGACGGUGGGACCCGCGGGAGAACUCCCAUUGUAAUCGGAGGGCAUCAGUUGGAGGAUAAUUUAAUGCAGUUUGAUCUUGACUCAAAUAGAUUCGGUUUCACUUCGACUCUCUUGCUUCAGGAUGCCAAAUGUUCUAAUCUCAAGGUCAAUAAUUUUGCAAAUGGAAUUAAAUAAAUUCCAAUUCAAAAAAUAUGUAUAGGUAAUUUGAUUGUUUCUAUUUUUUCUGUAACACUAUUACCUGUUUUAUUACAUGUUGUAAUCAAAUGUUCCAACUUCCAAGUAUUGCUUUUUUAUUA